GCAAGGUAUAGCGUUAUUGUCGGCUCAAGUGCGGGAAAUCUCAUUCACGCUUCUGCCGCUAAGAUUCUCGAGCCAAUGCUUGCGGCAUCAUUACCAACACCGUAAGGUAUUUCGUCUCGACGACAUCUUGCAUCGCUAAUUGGCCUCGAAUCGUCACACAACCGGCCAUGGCGACAAGCAUUUCUCGAAGCAGGGCGUUGGCCUCAGCUCUACGACCCGCGAAGCCCUCCGUCCAGCUCCGUAACGAGCAAGCAAUCCGUUGCUUGUCCAGCACUGCCCGUCAAUAUGUCGCAAUGCCGAAGGAGUCUCCCAACCUGCGAAAGGCCCCCCGAGAUCACCCCAGCGUCCUGAAGGCCCCGAUCGUCAACCCUGCCGACAAAUACCAGAGCAAGUCGGACAACAUGCACCGCUAUGGUGCCUGGUUGAUGGGUGUUCUGCCCAAGUACAUCCAGCAGUUCUCCGUCUGGAAGGACGAACUCACCAUCUAUAUCUCUCCCUCGGGUGUCUACCCUGUCUUCAGCUUCUUGAAAUACAACACUGCCGCAGAGUUCACCCAGGUUAGCACCAUCACUGCUGCGGAUUACCCCACGCGCGAGAACCGUUUCGAAAUCGUCUACAACCUUCUUUCGGUCCGUCACAACUCCCGAAUCCGUGUCAAGACCUACGCCGAUGAGGCUUCUCCUGUCCCUAGUAUUACCGGACUUUUUGAUGGUGCCAACUGGUACGAACGAGAAGUGUACGACCUUUUCGGUGUCUUCUUUGCCGGUCACCCCGAUCUCCGACGAAUCAUGACGGAUUAUGGUUUCGAGGGUCACCCUCUGCGAAAGGACUUCCCCUUGACUGGUUACACUGAGAUCCGAUACGAUGAGGAGAAGAAGCGUAUCGUCACCGAGCCUCUGGAGCUCACCCAGGCCUUCCGUAACUUUGAGGGUGGUUCCAGUGCGUGGGAGCCCGUUGGAGCCGGACAGGACCGCACACCCGAGUCUUUCAAGCUUCCAACGCCCAAGCCUGAGGAGAAGAAGGAGGAGCCGAAGAAAUAAAAGGGUCCAUGUUCACCCCAAGCUGUAUAAGAUCCAAUGUCAUUUGUUAGAAAUAUCACCUGGUUUUAGCAUCCAUCCAAUCCAACCCGUACUUGUAUAUCCGCCCAUCUAUUUUGGUGGUGCAGUCGUCAUCCAUAGUGUCAUAACAGAUACGCACGCAAGGCACUAACUUGACAGCAUCGCCCAACGUGUGGAAAUGGGUGGCGUACACCGCUGGCUGAUAACUGACAGUGCCGAGAAAUGCGCUUGUUGAUAGCGUUACAUGUGGUCCGAGAACCCGUCACGGUCCCCUGGGUGCGGGCAAGGAACUGAUUGGCACUACUUUAGGAAGCGAAGCUGACAAUCUUAGACUGAUUUGCCAUUGCGCUCCCCGAGGAAGCACGACAUGUCAGCUUUCAUCAUAUUAUAUGCGGCUCCUCGAUAGAUUCGUAUUCUAGUCUACUAUUCCAUCCCCCCUCCCCAUAAAAAG